UGGAAGGAAUACAUCAAUUUUAAAAGUGUUAAUUUUUCAAUCAAUAAGUUCAACAUGAAAGCAUCUAAUGUUUUUUUAUUCGUGAUCGGCUUUGUUUUAUUCUUAAGCUCUAUGGCAGUUGCUAACGAUGAAUCUGCUAAUAUUGCAGCCGCGCUAAAGAGUUUAUUUGAAAAAUUAAGUUCAGCUAUAAGCAAAGGUGACUUAAAGGAGGUUGCUGAAACUUUGCAAAUUGCCGAUAGGAAAAUCAACGAAAUAAUAAAAACAACCACAAAUGAGAAAAUACGGAAGUUACUUUUAGAAUCAGUGCCCUUAUUGAAUGAUUUCAAAGAAAAAUUGUCAUCGAAUAAGGUCAAUUUAAAUGAUGCGCGUGCAUUUGAACAAAAAACCAAACAAAAGCUACAGAAAAUACUUGUUGAAAUUUCAACAUAAAUUAAACAAAUCAAAACUGUUGUAAUGGAAAUUCUUUAACUAAAAAUUGUACUCCACAUCUUAAUCACAAAAAAAAACAUUAUUAAGAAAGGAAAAAGUAUAAAAAUAUGUAAAAAUAAAAUGCAUAUCUUAUUAUGAUUAAUAAUAAUAAAACUAGUUUUUUUAUCAGUCUUUAUCAAUUAGAAAUACGACCAUGUACUUAAUGAAAAAUCAUUUAAUUGGUAUAUAAAAAUCGGCAUAUGACCGA